GACAUUAAUGUGAUUGUAACAGGACAAAUAUAAGGUGCAGUACAAUCAAAUAGUAUUGUUAUGGAUAGGCGUGCCUUGUUACUCGUGGUCGUGCCUUACGCCGAUAACACACGCAGAACCCCUACCACUGUAGAACCCCUAACACACACACAGAACCCCUACUAUUAUAAAACCCCUACCACAAAGACAGAUCCCAGACUUCUGUAAAACCCCUACCACCCACACACACACAGAUAAUUCCCUACCACAAAGAUCUACUUUAAAGCCCCUACCACUACAGCACCCCUACUACACACACAUCCACAUGUCGAGCCCCUUUAAAUGCCCAUGUGGCGCUGCGCCCCUCCCCCCCGGCCGGGCGGCGAGCCGCGUCACGUGACCGCGAGAAUCAUUUGGCCGGAGUGGAGGAGAAGGAGGAGAGAGUUCAACAUCGCGGCUCCAUCACUCCGCGUGGCUCCAGUGCCGCGGGGAGAAACCGUAAGAGCUGAAGAGUCAACGGAGAGAGAGACCCAGCUCCAGGGAGAGACGGAGAGACCGUGAAGAGAGGAGAGCUCCGGCUGGAGUCGAGAAAGAGAAUCCGAUAGCUCCAGGGAUACACGGGGAGAGUGGAACGCAUCACAGGAAGAGUCGGCGAGAGAGGAGGAGAAGAAGCGGGGCGGUUAAAGAGCUCUGGGGAGACUCGGUUGAGAGUUUGGGAGGAAUCCGAGGAAGAGGCGGCGAGCGUGGGAGAGCUCCAGGUGGAGUCGGAGUCGAAGGAGAAAUUGAGAGCUCCAGCGAGCGAAACGCAUCCAGGAAGAGACGGUGAGAGAGAGACGGCGAGAGAGAGACGGCGAGAGAGAGACGGCGAGAGAGAGACGGCGAGAGAGAGACGGCGAGAGAGAGACGGCGAGAGAGAGACGGCGAGAGAGAGACGGUGAGAGAGAGACGGUGAGAGAGAGACGGUGAGAGAGAGACGGUGAGAGAGAGAGAGAGAGUGUUAAAGAGAGCCGGUGAAAGAGUUUUUGGAGAACUUCGCUGGGAGAGUCGCCGAGGAGCUCCGCGCCCGGUCUCCCAGAGUCGCAUCCACGCACCUGGUUGCCAUGACAACCGGUCCCCUGCUCCUCCUCCUCCUGUUGCUGUCGGCGUGGGGAGGCGGUGGCGCGGGGUCCUGGGGGGACUCGGGGGACCCGGAGUACCCAGGUAACCCUGGGGAUCUCUACUCCGACGACAGCGAGGAUGGCAUCGACUACAGGGACCCCUGCAAGGCUGCUGCGUUCGUGGGGGACGUUGCCCUGGACGACCGCGACCUGAGGCUCCUGAGGCUGCACGGGGCACGGGGCAACUCCACACGGAGGGCACGCGGGGACCUCACCACGGACGUCCGACCGGGCAGCAGCAGCAGCACGAGGAGGAGGCCCGAGGGGAGCGCGCGGCCACGGAGAGCGGCCACGGCGCGGCCCGAGAGGAUCUGGCCCGGCGGCGUCAUCCCCUACGUCAUCGGCGGAAACUUCACCGGGAGCCAGCGCGCGAUGUUCAAGCAGGCGAUGCGGCACUGGGAGCGCUUCACGUGCGUCACCUUCGUGGAACGCAGUGAAGAGGAGAGCUACAUCGUCUUCACCUACCGGCCGUGCGGCUGUUGCUCGUUUGUGGGCCGCAUGGGCGACGGGCCGCAGGCCAUCUCCAUCGGGAAGAACUGUGACAAGUUCGGCAUCGUGGUGCAUGAGCUGGGCCACGUGAUCGGCUUCUGGCACGAGCACACGCGGCCCGACCGGGACCACCACGUGGGCAUCGUACGCGAGAACAUCCAGCCCGGUCAGGAGGAGAAUUUCCUGAAGAUGGAGCCGGGAGAGGUGGACUCUCUGGACGAGCCGUACGACUUUGACAGCAUCAUGCACUACUCACGCAACACCUUCUCCCGGGGCAUGUUCCUGGACACGAUUCUGCCUCGCAAGGACGAGACCGGAGUGCGCCCGGCCAUCGGCCAGCGAACGCGGCUCAGUAAAGGGGACAUUGCGCAGGCCAACAAGCUCUACCGCUGCCUGGCGUGCGGGGAGACGCUGCAGGACAUGACCGGGAACCUGUCGUCCCCCGGUUACCCCAACGGGUACCCGUCCUACUCACACUGCAUCUGGAGGAUCUCCGUCACCCCCGGCGAGAAGAUCGUGCUCAACCUCACGGCGCUCGACCUCUACCGGAGCCGCCACUGCUGGUAUGACUACGUGGAGGUGCGCGACGGAUUCUGGAAGCAGGCGCCACUCCUGGGGAAGUUCUGUGGGGACCGUGUGCCCGGCUCGCUCGUCUCCUCCGACAGCCGCCUCUGGAUCGAGUUCCGCAGCAGCAGCAACUGGGUGGGCCGCGGCUUCUACGGCACCUACGAGGCGAUCUGCGGCGGGGAGCUGCACAGGGACUCGGGCACCAUCCAGUCGCCCAACUACCCCGACGACUACCGCCCCUCCAAGGAGUGCGUGUGGAAGAUCGUGGUGCCCCAGGGCCACUCCGUGGGCCUCACCUUCCAGUCCUUCGAGGUGGAGCGCCACGACACGUGCGCGUAUGACUUCCUCGAGAUCCGCGACGGCGACUCGGAGAGCAGCAAGCUGGUGGGGCGCUACUGCGGCUACGACAGGCCGAGCGACGUGCGCUCGAGCAGCAACAAGCUGUGGAUGAAGUUCGUCUCCGACGGGACCAUCAACAAGGCCGGCUUCUCCGCCUCCUUCUUCAAGGAGACGGACGAGUGCUUGCGCUCCGAUCGUGGUGGCUGCGAGCAGCGCUGCAUCAACUCCUUGGGCAGCUUCACGUGCGCCUGUGACCCCGGGUACGAGCUGGCACCCGACAAGAGGACUUGCCACGCGGCGUGCGGGGGGCUGCUGACGAAGGCCAACGGGACGCUGACGAGCCCAGCGUGGCCACGCGAGUACCCGCCCAGCAAGCACUGUGUGUGGCAGAUCGUGGCGCCCACACAGUACCGCAUCUCGCUCAGCUUCGAGGCCUUCCACCUGGAGGGCAACGAUGUGUGCAAGUACGACUACGUGGAGGUGCGCAGUGGCCUGUCGGCAGACUCGAAGCUGCACGGGAAGUUCUGCGGCAGCGAAGUCCCCUCGGUCAUCACCUCGCAGUCCAACAGCCUCCGUGUCGUCUUCCACUCGGACAACUCCAUGUCCAAGCAGGGCUUCAAGGCCUACUUCUUCUCUGACAAGGACGAGUGUGCCAAGGAUAACGGCGGCUGCCAGCACGAGUGCGUGAACACGGUGGGGAGCUACGUGUGCCGCUGCCGCCAGGGCUACUCGCUGCACCCCAACCAGCACGACUGCAAAGAGGCUGGCUGCAAGCAGCGCGUGGACAGCGCGGAGGGAAUCAUCACGAGCCCCAACUGGCCGGACCGCUACCCGAGCCGCAAGGAGUGCACGUGGACCAUCACCGCCACGCCCGGGCACCGCGUCAAACUGGCGUUCAAGGAGUUCGAGGUGGAGCCGCACCAGGACUGCGCGUACGACCACGUGGAGGUGUUCGACGGCGAGAACUCGGGGGCGCCAUCUCUCGGCCGCUUCUGCGGCAUGCGGCGCCCGCUGCCCGUCGUCUCGUCGGGCAGCGCCAUGCUGCUCAAGUUCUUCUCCGACGCAUCCAAGCAGCGCAAGGGCUUCCAGGCGACGCACUCCACCGAGUGUGGAGGGCGCCUGCAGGCGACGGUGCGCACGCGCGACCUCUACUCGCACGCGCAGUUCGGCGACAACACGUACCCCGCGCAGGCCGACUGCGAGUGGCAGCUGUGGGCCGAGGGCGGCUACGGGGUCGAGCUGAUCUUCCGCACCUUCGAGAUGGAGGAGGACCAGGACUGCACCUACGACUUCCUCGAGGUGCUGGACGGCGUGGGCCCCGGCGUGCAGCCCCUCGCCCGCUACUGCGGCGCCGGCCCCUCGGAGCCGGUGUACAGCACGGGGGACAAGUUGGUGCUCCGCUUCCACUCAGACGACUCGAUCAACAAGAAGGGCUUCCACCUGCGCUUCACGAGCACCGGCUUCCAGGACGCCCUGCAGGAGGAGCAAUAGCACUCCUGAGUUCCCCCCCCCCCCCCGACCCCUCCAGCCUCUGCCCCCUGCUCACCGGCCCACCGUUAGCCCCCCAGACUGGCGCGAGCCUUUCCACGAACUGCUCAGUCGCACUUCUCCGCCGACCUUUGUAAGAGAGGAGGGUUUUUUUGUUGUUUUCCCCCACCCCUGUGGAUUUUAACCCAGCAUCCUCAUCCCCCGCCCAUCGGCCCCCCCAUCCCCUUCGUGUGUGUCGGGCUGUAAGCCGCUCCCAUUCCUGUCAGAGCGCUGUAGUCGACCGUACAGGGAGGCCUGCCGCUGUUUGUGAAUGACGUCGUGCGGUGUGGCCGGGGCUGUCCAAAGACAACAGCAGACCCGCUCCUAUGCAACGCGGGGAACCGUUGCCAUAUCCAGCGAUCGCCUAUUAUCCGUCUACCUGCCUGAGCUGUGCCUUAUGAGUAAAUGGGACAAACGCCAUGACCCUUGUUGUUGUCCGAUAACGCGGGGAAACAAGGCGGGAGGGAGGGGGGGACCUCGUACAAAUAUUUUUUGUUGUAAACAACUCGUCUUGUCGUAGCGCCGGAGGAAUUGGCGCGCGACGUACGGUGCUUGGGCGCGACCUCGUGAUCACGCACCUGCGGUCAUCGGGGCCAGGUGUGCACGCGAGUCUGUCUGCCUGUGUGCGUCCAUGUGCGAUUAGUUAGCAAAAGGCACAGGGCAGCAGCAGAAGGGAGCGGUGGGGACGGGGCAAUACCGAUGAGUCCUGAUGAGGGCGAAACCGGUGGACGGCCAUCUCUCGGUUUCCGCUGCUGCCCGUUCUCCGUGUCGGUGCUCCGACUAAACGUCGCCACGGCCACGUGUUCAGCUCUUUUUGAGUUGGUGGUCUGGACAAGGCUGCGAUGAUUUGUGCCUUUCCCUGCUCUUUGUGCGUACACCCUCCGCGUGUCCGGGAGGUCUUCGCCACUCCUCCCGUUGCCUCUCCCUGGGAGAGGGCGAGUACUCUCUCUUUACCUGUUCUACGUUAACCGCCCUGUGAAUUGCACUCACCGUGUGGGAACCAAAAACACGCCACGGGAUCAACGGAAUAAAUGUGAAUAUCCCUC